ACCGGAUCUCAAUUUGUUAACCGGUUCUCCGAUUUUGGGAAAACGCUCUUGCAGAAAUCUUGCCUUAAAGCUUGACCCGGAGAGUCUUCUUCUCCAUUGCUUCGCUUGAAACAACGUUCAUCAACUCCGAUCUGAAUUACUUCGGCGAGAUCGAAAAAUCGAAAGGUCAAAGAUGGGUUGGAUCGGAGAAACCGUAGAUUCUAUCAAAUCUAUUCAGAUCCGUCAGCUUCUUACUCAGGCCAUCAGUCUUGGGAUGAUUGUGACAUCUGCGUUGAUCAUAUGGAAAGCUUUGAUGUGUGUCACUGGGAGUGAAUCUCCCGUGGUGGUUGUUCUAUCUGGAAGCAUGGAACCUGGUUUUAAGAGGGGAGAUAUACUGUUCUUGCACAUGAGUAAAGACCCGAUUCGAGCAGGAGAAAUUGUUGUUUUCAAUGUUGAUGGUCGAGAUAUUCCCAUUGUUCAUCGUGUCAUUAAGGUUCACGAAAGGGAAAAUACUGGAGAAGUCGAUGUUUUGACAAAAGGUGACAAUAACUAUGGAGAUGACAGACUUCUCUAUGCUCAAGGACAGCUUUGGCUUCAUCGACAUCAUAUAAUGGGUCGUGCUGUUGGGUUCUUGCCUUAUGUUGGAUGGGUGACUAUAAUUAUGACAGAAAAACCUAUCAUUAAGUAUAUUCUGAUAGGUGCAUUGGGUUUGCUCGUUAUAACGUCCAAAGAUUGAGUCUUUUGGAUAGGAGUGGACUCUGCAAAUCCUUGGUUUAUCAUCCUUUUGGUCUUUGAUAUUUCAGUGGGAAAAAAGAAAAAAAAAACAAGUUAAAGACUGGUCAUUUUGUGGUUUAGACCACUUUAAAGUUGAAACUGUAGAAUCAGCAGCUAAUUUUUAAUCGUGGAGAUUAGAUUACCUUAAACUCGAGAUUUGCUUUCUUAUGAACGGCCUUGUCAUCCUAUCCCUUGAUAAAAAUAAAAGUCAAUUCGAACCAAACCGAAAUUGAACCGAACUUUCAUA